AUGAAGUUCGCCAAUGUGACCCUCAAAUGCGCCUACACUAACUUCAUACCGAUGGUGAUAAUGUAUCAUGAGAACAACGAUCCGAAUGGACGCAAAAGAAUGUGGGGCCUUGUCGGAUCUGCUUUUGCGAACAUCACAAGCUCGCUGGGAAUCGACUACGAGUUGAUUGAGCCGCCAGAUGGCAUACAUGGCGGACCAUUGGAAAACGGCAGUUACGACGGCACCAUGGGUCUAGUGAAGCGUAACGAAGUUGAUAUAGCUUCUGGUCCUUUCCCGCUGACUGGGGAUUUGUUUGACAACUUCCUGACGUUUUACCCUUUCAAAUUCAUCGAUCUCGCCAUCAUCGGCGGUUUUCAGAAGGAAUACGAAAGUCACCCUUUCGUCAGUAUCCUGGAGUUCAAUGUGGAGGUACGCUGGACCUAUCUCGCGAUCAUUCUGUUUUCGACUUUGCUCAGCGGGUUCCUGAUGCACCGUUAUCGGGAAAUGGGAGCUCCAGAGAGAGAUACGAGCUCUCCGCUGACUGACAGUUUCUUGGGACUGUAUGCGUUCACUCUUGGAACUGGAUCCUUGGCCCACUUCAAUCACUUGGCGAUUCGUCUCCUUUAUCUAGGUUGGUCGGUGGGAAUGUUCUUCCUUGUUUGUUAUUUCACCUCAUGGGUCUGUGCGAGCUCCGCCGUGAAAACUCCCACCCCAAGGAUCAACAACGUGGCGACUCUGACGAAAUAUCCUCACAUUGUUCCUUACAUACUGAAAGGCUGCUCCCUCCUGAAAGAAUUCAAGGAAUGCCCGCUACCUCACUAUCGGGAGCUCUAUAGGAUGGUGAAAGACAAUGACGGCGAACGGAUACCUUCCGAGCAAUUCGAGAUCGAGAACUUACAGAAAGUCACCAAUAAUGAAGGAGUCAUCAUCAGCGACGUCCCUUGCGUAGAGAGCCAUAUGUGGCGUUGUAGUCUCUUGAAAGGCAUGAUGUACGUUGCCGAAGAGCGGAUCGCUCAGAUGCAGUUCACUUGGGCUGCAGUCUGGGAACUAGAUCCGAAGAUAGUGGCGGCCAUCAAUGAACGAGUUCAUUGGAUCACCGAGAUGGCAGUGCCGUGGAUGAGGUCGUUCGAUAUCAACCCGAAGCUUGAAGACUGUCUCAUCAGGGGAAAAUCCAAGCAAAGAACCACCUUUAUCGAUUUGGGCCUCUUCGACGUAGCGGCUGCGUUCUAUCUACAUCUCUUCCUCUGUGGUUUUUCGAUAUCCUUACUUAUCGGUGAAGUCAUCAUGAGGUCUUGUCGCGACAAGUCAGGUCGUCUCAAGGAUUACUCAUUCGGAAGUUUCACUCGGCUUUCGACGCCGUCGUCUUGA